UACGAGUAAGAUAGCUAUAUUAUAGUGAUGGUGCGCGUUGCAGCAAGCUACGAUAUGUGAACAAUACAACAAGGAUAGCGGCGAAAACAUUAAUACAAGUAGAGCGAUUAACCAAUCAAAGCUCCCCGACUUCGGGGUUUUGGGAACGACAUCAAAACCAGGACGCGAUUCCCCUUCCCGCUCUCACCACCCAAUCCCGCACAACGGCGAAGCACGAUCUACGCUUCUUCGGUCGCAGUCGGGCCAACGCAGGCCCAGAAAGUGUGAACAUCGAUGAUUGUCCCACACCUUCGUCGCCUGCCUUCCUUCUAUCCCGCGAGUCUUCUCUCCGAACCUCCCCCAUGGGGUACCACGUUGCCGUCGUCGAAUACGAGUCGAUCUGUUCCGAUAUCAAAGACAAUCCGAUGGGUCGACUCAUUGCUGAUGAGGAUGACGGGUUUAAAAGGGUUGGAAGCGGACGGCUCGGGACUCUGUCGGAUGGUAAAGGAUCCUUCGGGUCUGGAUGAGCCUUUCUGAACGAGCUGCUAGGACGUCGGCCUAAAGCAUCGUCCCUCCGAAAGCCCUUAGGCGGCGUGGGCGGGCGAGGUUC